AUGCCACCAACCAGACGUACAAACUUAGGCCGCAGCACUCGAAAUACGGCAAGUCAAAGAAAUAUAAGAGCAAAUCAAACUGAUGAGCAACGCGAAGCGCGAAAUGAACUUCAACGGAAUCGAAAUCAACAUAGAAAUGUUGUGUUUAAUCCCCACAGAGCUGCAUUCAGUUAUAAUGUUGCAAUUGAUUACAGUUCAGAGAAAAUUGUUGCUAUUGGACUAAUGAAUAUUGUGUGUCCACAUUGCAAUGCAUUGAAAUUCAAAAAUGAAGCCCCUGGAUUGUGUUGCGCCAGCGGCCGAGUCAAAUUGACGCCAUUGCAAUACAAUAAUUGUUUUCAAAUGACGUCAUUUGGCGCAACAAAAGUUAUUCGAGACAAUUUUAUACCUACUUUCAAGAUUCAGGGUCAAAUAUAUCAUAGAACAGGUUCCUUAUUGCCAGUGCCUGAUGAAGACUAUAAAUUUUUGCAAAUAUAUUUUAUGGGCAAUUCAGCGAGAGAAGUCGAUCAGCGUUGCGCACACAACAACUCAGUGAAAAGAUCCAUUGUGGAACAACUUUAA